CGGAGGCUGUGGCGGCGGCCCAGUCGGGCCGCGCACGGGGGCGCGCUCGGGGCCGCGCCAGGCCACGGCCCGCGCGCCGCAGCCCCGGGCGGUGGAGCGGUGCGAGCCCCGGCGCGGCGCGCGGAGCAGAGCAGCCAGCGGCUGAGGGGAGGAGGCCAGCAACGUCCUGCUGGGCAUGGUGGAAACCACGUCCCACCGGCAGCACCCCACACGCACGUAGGUGGCGACCCAGCAGUUCCACUUCUGAGGACGUACCUCUGGCACCCUGAAAACACAUGGGUUUGUUCCUGUCACCUUCUGCCGAGAGGCCUCCCAUCCUCCCUCUCACCCAGCGUCUCAGCCCAGGGCUGUCCACCCUCCUGCACCCCCAGGCUCAGUGACUCCGGCCCUGCUUGCACCCCCUUGCUGCUGCCCGCUGGCUUCCAUCCUUUUGUGAGUGAAGUCUUUCAGAUUGGGCGUGGAGACCUGGAGAAGCAGCUGAAGAAAUGCACUAGCCACGUGUAUGUUCUGAUGACCUCGGUCCUGCACGCGCCCACGGAGGCCUGGCCCUCAGACCCGAGUGGACCCAGGAGCUGAGCCGAUUCCAGGACAGAAGCAGUCUCCGCCGGUCAAGAAAGCCUCCCAAGCACUUUGCCAUGGAUCUAGAAGAUGAAGAACAGCUGAGUUCCAGCAGCACAGAGGCUAAGGACAGCGGCAGCGCGGGCCGCGGGCCCCCCGGGGAUGGCGGCACGCCGGGGCUGGCCGAUGGCUGCCUGCUCCCCAACGGGGGUGGCAGCACUGCCAGCAGGAAGCGGCCCCUGGACGAGGGCAGCAAUGGGCACGCCAAGUUCCGCCUGAAGAAGAGGAGGAGGGCACCGGGGCCGGCCCUGCCCAAGAACGCACUCAUGCAGCUGAACGAGAUCAAGCCCGGCCUGCAGUACUCGCUGCUGUCCCAGACGGGGCCCGUGCACGCGCCGCUCUUCGUCAUGUCCGUGGAGGUGAACGGGCAGGUGUUCGAGGGCUCUGGCCCCACCAAGAAGAAGGCCAAGCUGCACGCAGCCGAGAAGGCCUUGCGCUCCUUCGUCCAGUUCCCCAACGCCUCCGAGGCCCACCUGGCCAUGGGGCGGGGCCUGUCCGCCAACACGGACUUCACCUCCGACCAGGCCGACUUCCCCGACACGCUCUUCAAUGGCUUCGAGACGCCGGACCGGUCAGAAGUGCCCUUUUACAUGGGCUCCAACGGCGACGACUCCUUCAGCUCCAGCGGGGAUCUCAGCUUGUCGGCGUCCCCGGUGCCCACCAGCCUCAUCCAGCCCCCGCUCCCGGCCCUCCCACCGUUCCCGCUGCCCAGCGGGAAGAACCCCGUGAUGAUCCUGAAUGAGCUGCGCCCGGGUCUGAAGUACGACUUCCUCUCGGAGAGCGGGGAGAGCCACGCCAAGAACUUUGUCAUGUCGGUGGUCGUGGACGGCCAGUUCUUCGAAGGCUCGGGAAGGAACAAAAAGCUGGCCAAGGCCCGGGCCGCGCAGUCCGCCCUGGCCGCCAUUUUCAACCUGCACCUGGAUCAGACGCCGUCUCGCCAGCCCAUCCUCAGCGAGGGCCUCCAGUUGCACUUACCCCAGGUGUUAGCGGAUGCGGUGGCCCGCCUGGUUCUGGAUAAGUUUGGGGACCUGACGGACAACUUCUCCUCCCCGCAUGCCCGCAGGAAGGUUCUUGCUGGAAUCGUCAUGACGACAGGCACGGACGUUAAAGAUGCCAAAGUGAUAUGUGUUUCCACAGGAACGAAAUGUAUUAACGGCGAGUACAUGAGUGACCGUGGCCUUGCUUUGAAUGACUGCCACGCAGAGAUCAUAUCUCGGAGGUCCUUGCUUAGAUUCCUUUACACACAGCUUGAGCUUUACCUAAAUAACAAAGAUGAUCAGAAAAAGUCCAUCUUCCAGAAGUCUGAGCGGGGAGGCUUCAAGCUGAAGGACAGCGUCCAGUUCCAUCUGUACAUCAGCACCUCUCCCUGUGGGGACGCCAGGAUUUUCUCUCCACACGAACCAAUCCUGGAAGAACCAGCAGACAGACACCCGAACCGCAAAGCCAGAGGCCAGCUGCGGACGAAAAUAGAGUCUGGGGAGGGCACCAUCCCCGUGCGCUCAAACUCCAGCAUCCAGACGUGGGACGGGGUGCUGCAGGGGGAGAGGCUGCUCACCAUGUCUUGCAGCGACAAGAUGGCACGGUGGAACGUGGUGGGCAUCCAGGGCUCCCUGCUCAGCAUCUUCGUGGAGCCCAUCUACUUCUCGAGCAUCAUCUUGGGCAGCCUCUACCACGGGGACCACCUCUCCAGAGCCAUGUACCAGCGGAUCUCGAACAUAGAGGACUUGCCCGCUCUGUACACCCUCAACAAGCCUCUGCUCAGCGGCAUCAGCAACGCAGAAGCACGGCAGCCGGGGAAGGCACCCAACUUCAGCGUCAACUGGACGGUGGGCGACGCGGCCGUCGAGGUCAUCAACGCCACGACGGGCAAGGAUGAGCUGGGCCGAGCGUCGCGCCUGUGUAAGCACGCGUUGUACUGUCGCUGGAUGCGUGUGCACGGCAAGGUCCCCUCCCACUUACUGCGCUCCAGGAUCACCAAACCCAACAUGUACCAUGAGUCCAAGCUGGUGGCAAAGGAGUACCAGGCGGCCAAGGCCUGCCUGUUCCGGGCGUUCGUCAAGGCGGGGCUGGGCGCCUGGGUGGAGAAGCCCACGGAGCAGGACCAGUUCUCCCUCACGCCCUGACCGCCGGCGGGGACCUGGGGGUGCCUGGUGUCGGCCCCGUCCCCACAACCUCCCGUCUGCAGCGGGGGUGGGCAUGCAGCCGGGGCGGGUGGGGUGGCCGGGCCGGAGCUGCCCUCCGGCACCUCCGCGGCACCCUGUCCUCGUCCAGUUGCUGGUGACGGCGUUCAGUCUCAGUUUACGAUAGAAAUCGAGUUCUACCGAGUAGGGCUUCCUGAAGCUUAGGAAAUAGCAACUACUUUGUGUGAAAUUCUUGAAUAAAUAAUUUAUUCAGAGCUAGGAACGUGAUUUAUAAAAUAAGAAGUAAUUAUGUCAGGUCACCCUUAUGCCACAUUAUUUUAAUUGCAAAAAACCAUUUAUAUAUAUUUUCCUGCAUAUGUAUAUAUGCAGGAGAAGAGAAAGCCGAGGUAGGACGUAGUAACCUAAAGAAAGUCCCCAUGCCCACACUUCCCAACACUGCCCCCUGCAGGCAGGUCCUUGGCAGCUGCGGAGAUGGCCCCACGGUGUCCGGCCAGGUCCCUGUAGCCUCCAUUCUUCCAGAAGCUUCUGUGUCCCUCGAAGAAUCACAUCACAGACAACUUUUCUUGGUUAGUUCUAAAUAACCAGACAUAAGUGUGGCAUUCCUUUGGGUUCUGAAGCAGUGUUUAACCUCGGGCCUAGCGGCCGUGCAUCAGGCCACCGCACGACAGUCAGCCUGACCCCCGCUCCUCCCCUGGGGCCCGACGGACCUGAGUGACCGCCUGAGGUCUUCAUGGGACUGAAUGAGAAUGAAGUCACAGAUGUUCAUUUUGGCAAACACCCCUUAAGACAUAUUUCUAAAUUAUUCUUUCCAGCUUUAUCAAAGACAUGUUUGAAAAAAUAAGUAUUCAGGCUGAAAGCUGGCAACACAGCAGGCUGUGAGUGUAGUCAUGGCAGGGAGGGGGUGCUGCUGCAUCUGGGGGGACCCAGGGGCACACAGGACGGCCCAGGGCAGCUGAGCAAGGGGGUCAGGCAGGUCGAGGCCUGGGCUCCGCCCGAUCUGUGCCUGGAGACCCGGACCAGCUACCUGUCGCUGCCACUCAGGGCCAGCAGAGCGGGUGGAGGGCACGCUCCAGCCCUGCCUGAUUUAUGGUUGUGCAGGGCACCACUGUGCCCUGGGCAGGCACGGGCACACCCCACCCUGCAGCGAAGUCGCCUGCGUGGCAUCAAGGUGUGCACCUGGUAUCCCGUGUCCUUGCAGGCCCGGGACGUGAGGAGCAGGAGCAGAGCUUGGAGCCUGCGGUGGUCACAUCUCAGGGCGUGCGUCCUGGGGGCAGGUUGCUCAGGCCUGGGACCUACCAGGUGCCGGGACGGGCACCGCCCGCACCGGCCUCCCUGCUGGUGCGGGGCCGUUGCUCAUCCUGAGCCGGUCAGAGGGCAGGCUCAGGCCCCCAUACCCGUGGACGACGGUCUGGGUGCCACGCACUGGGGUCCACUCCAGUGCAUCACAGGAAGGGCGUCUGGGGGUGCCGGCCCCUCCCAGAGCAGGCUUCCUGUGCCCAAAAGAACAUCAUGAGAGGCCCUGCGUUUUUAUUCUUCUCUCUAAAAAUGGUAUUUUUUCUAAUGGGGAUUGGGAGAUGGACUUAGUUUUUAAAAAAGAUACGGAUUUUGGUGACAAAGCCCAGUGGAAAUACACUUGGUAGACAUGUACUGUCCGGGUGUCUGGCCUUCCCUUCCAUGAGGGAUGGUUGAAGUUAGCGUGAGUCUCUCUCCAGCCCCAGGUGAGCGGAUGCCCUACUGUGUGUGGUCCCCAUGGCCCCUGAGCUGUGCACCUUUCCUGGGCCAAGUGUGAGACCGGCCAGGGCAGGCCUGAUGCAGGGCUGUGCUCUGAAAGCACCCAGGUCUGACCCGUGGCUGCCGGGAGGAAGGUGGGAGGUCAGGGCAGGGGCUGGCCAGGAGGCCUGCACAGGACGCCCUGCCUCUAGGCAGGGCGGCCGGAGCACUCAUCCAAGAGCAGGACAGGGAGGGCUCAUCAACUGCUGCAGGAGACAAAGCAGGAGACCCAGCACUUUACACCGCCCGUCCCUCCUGAGCCCACCAUGCAUUAGACACGCAGCCCCGUGUCCUCGGGCGUUAGUCGACAUCUGAUGUCCUCCACCCGGGCCACAGAGACGUCACAGAAAAGUUGGGACAACCAGGGACUUGGCUUUUUGAGCAAAAUGUUAAGUGUGAGGACCCUUGACGAGUGAGGGUCAGGAGGGGUUCCACUGUCUUGUGUCAGCCACCCCUGGAGUGUCCGCUCCUUGGGAGUGCCGGUCACUGUCCACUCCGGGCCACCAGGCAGCUGUCCUGCUGGCGGGAAAGUGGAGUGAAGAGAAGGCUCAGCUGGGGUGGUACGUUUGGAACGUGAGCCAGGCUCUCCCAGGUCGGGCCAAGGUCGGGGGACAUCCUAGCCACUCAGCUCAGCCCUACCCCCUGCUCGGGGUCAGCUUUCACCUCCUCUCAGGCAAGGACACCAAAGAACUGCAGUUUUGAUUCUGGGUCUUCAUUCAACAUUUCAUCAUCUUUUCCUACUUUGGAGAUUUUUAUUGUGAUCAAAACAGUUAUUGUAAAAUGUCCAAGCCAACAUCUCACAGGGCGAUUUCCUGGAAUUUAUUUUAUUCAGAUGCUGUCACUGCUCCGCAGGCUGUAGAACCACUUUGUAAAGACAGUGCUUACUGUGCAGGGCUCCAGGCAGGCUCUCCGCGGGGCCGGUCUGAGCGCAGGGCCGGGGACUGCUGUGGGGAGGCGGCGAGCUCCUUUCCUCGUGAGAACCAAAACCAAAAUACAACACAGGUGCAUCUUCUCAUUUCUAGAAUAUUCACACCAACAUAUAAGGUCUGCCCCAGGCAUAACAUUUGAUCCAGCAAGAGAGAGAAAGUUAGCUGGCUUUUCCAUCUGUACAUUCCGUGAAAUCUCUCAAAAGAUUUCUUUUCACCACCCCAACUGUAUAAUGGGGAAGGGCAGAGUCCUUGUGACUGUGGGUGUCCAGUUUUGUGUGUCCUUGUCCCAGGCAUGUCCGGUGGCCCCUCUCCAUGGCCCGAGGCCAGCCUACAGCACACGGUAUGUCCGCACAAUGGGAGGGUGGGGAGGGGUCAGGGCCUGACCUGACUGUGACUUGGCGUCCUGUUCUGGCAAGGUGGGCUGCACUUCUCUGCUCACUGUUUGGGCUCCAGCGCGGGCUGAUGGGACAGGAGGGACUGAGGGCGUCCUUCUGGACGUGACUGUGAACGGCACGAUCCGUGGAAUGUUGGUGGGGUGAGCCCUGAAAGCCGUUGGCUUCUCCAGACUUGAAGCUGUAUGCUUUUAACCUGACUUCAGGAUUCGGACUCUCUUUGUGAAUGUCAUUCAGCCAGGAAACCGUCGCUAAGACACACUCCCCAGUGUCCUCGUAUGUAUAUUGAUGUAUAUACCACACGUCACCACCCGCAUGAGCUCCUCACGCACCGAGACCAGUGGGACCGAGCAUGAGACGCUGUCACGUAGACAAAGGAUUUGCAGUGUCCUCAAUAAAACAAGGCGUUUCACUA